AUGCAGACAUUAGUCUUUCGUGGGGGGACACCCUCAGGGGACAUCACGGGUGUAGUGGCGCUCUCAGGGGCAUUCCCAGGUGCGGCAGCGCCCCCAGGUGUCCUUCCAGCGCCGGCGGAACCCCUAGGUGCAUUCCAAGGGGCGGCAGCGCCUCCAGGGGCCCUCCCAGGAGCGGUGGUGCCUCCAGGGAAAUACUCUGGGUCGGCGCUGCCUCCGGGGGAUCUCCUGAAGGCAGCAGCUCCCCCAGGAACCUCUCAGGGGUGGCUGUACCCUCAGGGCGACCUGCUAGGGGCGGAAGCGUCUCCAGGGGACCUCACAGGUGCAGCAGCACUAAAAGGGGUAUUCUCAGGUGCGGCAGAGCCCCAAAGGUUCCUCCCAGGGCCAGCGGUUCCCCUAGGUGCAUUCCACGGGGCGGCAGCACCUCCAGGAGCCCUCCCAGGAGCGGUGGUGCCUCCAGGGAAAUACUCUGGGUCGGCGUUGCCUCCGGGGGAUCUCCUGAAGGCAGCAGCUCCCCCAGGAACCUCUCAGGGGUGGCUGUACCCUCAGGGUCCCACCCAAGGGUGGCAGACCUCCCAGGAGCCCUACGAGGAGACCUGCGAGGGGUGGCAGCACCCUCAGGGGACAUCACGGGUGCAGUGGCGCUCUCAGGGGCAUUCCCAGGAGCGGCAGCGCCCCAGGGGUCCUUCCAGCGCCGGCGGAACCCCUAGGUGCAUUCCAAGGGGCGGCAGCGCCUCCAGGGGCCCUCCCAGGAGCGGUGGCGCCUCCAGGGAAAUAAUCUGGGUCGGCGCCACCUCCGGGGGAUCUCCUGAAGGCAGCGACCUGCUAGGGGCGGAAGCGUCUCCAGGGGACCUCACAGGUGCAGCAGCACUAAAAGGGGCAUUCUCAGGUGCGGCAGAGCCCCAAAGGUUCCUCCCAGGGCCAGCGGUUCCCCUAGGUGCAUUCCACGGGGCGGCAGCACCUCCAGGGGCCCUCCCAGGAGCGGUGGUGCCUCCAGGGAAAUACUCUGGGUCGGCGUUGCCUCCGGGGGAUCUCCUGAAGGCAGCAGCUCCCCCAGGAACCUCUCAGGGGUGGCUGUACCCUCAGGGUCCCUCCCAAGGGUGGCAGAGCUCCCAGGAGCUCUACGAGGUGUGCCCCCUCCCAGGAGCCCUACGAGGAGACCUGCUAGUGGUGAAAGCGCCCCCAGGGGAGCUCACGGGUACAGUGGUGCUCUCAGGGGCAUUCCCAGGUGUGGCAGCGCCCCCAGGGGUCCUCCUAGGGCCGGCGGUACCCCUAGGUGCAUUCCAAGGGGCAACAGCUCCUCCAGGGGCGGAGCGAUGGUGCCUCCAGGGAAAUUCUCUGGGUCGGCGCCGCCUACAGGGGAUCUCCGGAAGGAGACCUGCGAGGGUGGCAGCACCUUCAGGGGACACAUCACGGGCAGUGGCGCUCUCUGGUGCAUUUCCAGGUGGAGCAGCGCCCCCAGGGGUCCUUCAAGGGCCGGCUGAACCCCUAGGUGCAUUCCAAGGGGCGGCAGCGCUUCCAGGGGCCCUCCCAGGAGCGGUGGUGCCUCCAGGGAAAUUCUCUGGGUCGGCGCCGCCUACGGGGGAUCUCCGGAAGGCAGGAGCUCCCCUAGGGGCCUCCCAGGGGUGGUCGUACGCCCAGGGUUCCUCCCAAGGGCGGCGGAGCCCCCAGGAGCCCUAUCAGGGGUGCCCCGUCCCAGGAGCCCUCUGGCUUGCUUGGAGACCUGCUAUGCGUGGCAGCGCCCCCAGGGAACUUCACGGGUGCAGUGGCGCUCUCAGGAGCAUUCCCAGGUGUGGCAGCGCCCCCCAGGUUCCUCCCAGGGCCGGCGGUACCCCUAGGUGCAUUGCAAGGGGCGGCAGCGCGUCCAGGGGCGGAUCGGUGGUGCCUCCAGGGAAAUUCUCUGAGUCGGCGACGCCUCCGUGGGAUCUGCGGAAGGACAGGGGCUCCCCCAGAGGAGACCCGCAAGGGGUGGCAGCACCCUCAGGGGACAUGGUUCAGUGGCGCUCUCAGGAGCAUUCCCAGGUGCGGCAGCGCCCCCAGGGGUCCUUCCAGGGCCGGCUGAACCCCUACGUGCAUUCCAAGGGGCAGCAGCGCCUCCAGGGGCGGAGCGGUGGUGCCUCCAGGGAAAUUCUCUGGGUCGGCGCCGCCUCCGGGGAUCUCCGGAAGGCAGGUGAUCCCCCAGGGGCCUCCCAGGUAGACGUGCUCGCUGUGGUGGCUCCCACAGAAACCUCCCAGGAGCAGCGGUGCCCCUUGGGGCCCUCAAAGGGGCCGUGGCGCCCCUAUGGGCCAUUUUACUGGCGGCGGCACACCCAGGUUGCCUCCAAUGCGCGACGGCACCCAGGGGCCAUUCCAGGGACGGCGAGACCCCCAGGGAAAUUCCCAGAUUUCCCACCUUCUGGGGUCCUCCCAACUAUGGCGCCCCUAGGAGCCUCCCAGACAGUGGCGUCACAGAGGUCCCUCCCAGGCAGCGCCCCAGGGGUCCUUCCAGCCGGCCCCCUAGGUGCAUUCUGCAAGGCAGCCUCCAGCGGGCCCUCCCAGGAGCGCCCAGGAAAUUCUGGUGCCACCUCCGGGAUCUCCUGA